AUGUUUCGCAGAUCUAUACCGUCUUCAAUAUUAUUGAACAUUAAAUUUUCACCUAAAAUAUACACCAAAUCAUUCAGUUCUACUACCAAAAUACUCAUUCAGAACCCUUUCCAUGCCAAAUCCUUCAAAUCUAGUGACUCAAAUGUUGACACUGACGAAUUAAUUAGUGAGAAUAAUCCAUGGUCGCCUACUUUGGAAGAUGAUCCUAUAUUUAUUCAAGAAAGACACAAGAUUACCAAGACCCAACUCCCUGAAUACUAUCGACUAUCAUAUAACCCCAUUUAUGAAGCACCAGCUGCCAAAUACGUUUCAAUUUUAAAAAGACUAACCCUAAGCUUUGGUGUUGUUGGUUUGUAUGGAUCCAAAUUGAUUUAUGAAUCAACUCAAUUUGAUGAUUCAUUUGCCUAUACACUCUUGGCAGGAACUAUAAUCCCCAUAAUAUUAGUGCAAUGGAAGACAAAGGACUAUGUCACGAGAAUAUUUAGACUCUAUAACAAGACAAUACCGCAGACAUUGGACAAUUUGGUCAAGGAUGAAAAUUUAAUUGUUGAGAAAUUAAACUUUACGGGGGGAAAGACUUAUAAUGAGUUGUUGAAAAUUACCGAUAACAAGUCUUUGAUCAUAUCACCUGAGCAUAAGUUUUGGAAACCUUAUACUACUUGGGAAGAUAAGAGCAAUGGUCAAGAAAAUGGUUCAAAACGAGAGUUUUAUAUUGUUGAUGAUAUUGGAGGGAUUAAAAUGGAUAGACUCUGGGGGGUUGUUGAAAAGAAUAGUGGUAUUAACAAUGGAAGAUCGUUUUUUGAACCAAGCUCCCACAAUAGCAUCCAUUGGCAGCUAAAAGUGACAUUCUGCUUUAUUGAUCCAGAAAGCCUUACUAUCAACGCAGUAAUGAGUGAAGAAGACACAGACAAGGAACCAGUGCGGAUACCAGAACCUCCGCUCGAGGGUAAGAUAUUAAAGAGGGACAAGUAUCUCGACGAUAAAGGGGAAUCUGAAACUGCUCGAAAUACCAGACUCAAUGCAUCACUUUACCAUACAUCAGACGAGUCAAUCCAACAAUAUAGACAACAAAAUGACUCAACUGAUUUAUUAGGACGACUAUACUACGAUGAUUUUGAUUCCAAUAGCAACUUACUAUCGCCAGAGCUCUUAUCACCAGCCGCCUCACUCCCCCACUCGCCCAUAAUUUCACCAAUGCCUACGGGUGGAGGCGGGGCCGGGAACGGUGGCGACGAUGAAUUUUAUCUCGGCACAUCAUCAACAUCACCCACUUUGAAAAAUGCUAUAUUGAAUUCCCAUUUGUCAUCUUCAUCUACUUCAUUGUCAUCAUUGCCCAAAUUGGCAUUGAGUAAAAACAAUCGGCCGAAUUUAUCACGAGGUGUUUCUUUUGAUACUGGUGAUGGCGGUCCUAAAAAGUCAUUUACUUUGAAAAUUAAGCAUCCCGAGUAUAAGUUUCGCAGAAAUAACAAGACUUGGCUUGUUGGAUUCAACAAUGAUGUUGAGAGCACCAAGGCCGUGGAGUGGCUAUUUGACGAGAUGGUGAUUCACGGCGACACAAUUGUUGUUUUACAAGUAUUGAAUGAGAAAAAGUAUACAUCGAUUGACAAAAAACAAGCUAAUGCCAACUUGUCCACAUUUGAACAAUUAAAUGUCCAUUUUAAAAAAGUUGCCUUGUUAUUUGAAGUUGUUAUUGGUAAACCGGAGAAAUCGUUGAAGCAGGCCAUUAAGGAAUAUGCGCCAUCAAUGAUGGUAAUCGGGACCCGUCAUUUUAGUGAACGUGAUCAUCAUAGUCACCACCGAGGGUUUCUAAGUAAAUCGUCGCUAUCGAAGCAUUUCUUAGAAUGCGCUUUAGUGCCGGUGAUUAUUGUGAAGCCAACAUACAAUUAUAUUGAAAACUUAUCGCACCCGAUUGAUUCAGAGCAGUAUUUUGCUAAUUGGUUAAAACGCACGUCAAAGGAUCAUGAAAUGAGUGAUGAUCAAUUGUUGCAACUGAAUCAACAAAAUUCGAAUCAUCUGCUGCUGUUGCAUCGCAAAGUUAAUUCCUUCUUGAGUCCCACGAGUUCGAGAAAUUCGUCGUAUACGAAUUUGGUGAAUGAAGAAAGAGGUAGAAGCAGUUUACAGAACCCGGUGCAAAAGUUGGCUAAUGAGAGUAGAUCUCGUUCAACUUCACGUACUCGAUCAGCAUUUUCGAAAAUUUUCCGCAAACAUGACGAUUGA